ACGGCCACUUCCUGCUCGGCGGGUCCCGGCGCGGCCGGAACGGAACACCGGCACUGAGGGGCUCCUGGCGCUGAGCAGUGUCCGUGGGUGAGCGAGUGAGUCAACCAGUCAGCCACACAGUCAGUCCCCGUACCGAGUACUGAUACCGGCUGAGUUCCGGUAUCGGCACUGAGAUUCGGGUGUGGAAGAGAGGUAUUCCUGUGACAUCUUGAAGUGGCCUGGUGUGCAUGCUGAGCAAGAGGAAGAGCCCUUCAUUAUCCCACUCACGUGUGGACCUGAGAGGAGGAGGAGCUGUUGUUUGACCUGUGAAGGAUGGAUCAAAACUCAGAGUCUUCACUUUCCAGAAUGUUUACCGGGUAUGAUGAUCCCGAGAAUACUGAAGUGUAUGAAGAUGAACUUUAUCCCGAGGAAUCAUCCAGUGAGCAGAGUGUGGAUAGUGAGGUGGAGUUUCAUCUCUACAGCCAGAUCCACUAUUCCCAGGAUCUUGGUGAAACCAGCACACUGGAAAUGGAUGAAGAAGCUGAUGCUGGAGAAGCCAUGAGUCAAAGUUCAGGUCUAACUGAGAAACAGGAUAAAGAUGAGAAGCUCACUGAACUCAGUGGUGGUGGUAUUCAGCUUCCAGAUGAGCCUGAGGUCAUCAUCCUGUCCGAUACACCAGAUGAAGACAGCAUCUACAAAAGCAAGGCAAGGCGGUCGAGAUGCUCUUCAGCUCAAGGUGGAGUGCACAUCCCCCCGGUGCCUUCCACACCAAAUCACACCAAAGCUGCUGGAUGUAAUGCCCCGUGUCCCCCUGAAUCUGGUAAGGGCACACCAAGGCAGAGAAACAGCACCAUAGGGAGACCCACCCCAACCUGUUCUGCUGGACCUCAAGCCAUCCACGACGUGUUGUUCAUAGACAACAGCUCGGAGGAGGAGAGCUUGAGCUCUGACAGUGAUAAUGUCGAAAGCUGGAUGCUCUUGGGAGCUGGUGUUGAUGACAGGGAUGGAGACAUCAUGCUGAACCUUGAGGGCUGUGGCACUCCUGUCCACAGAGGAAAAAUUGAUGUGAACUGGUCCAUCUCUCAUAAGGAUUUAGAGGCGCAGAUCUCCAACUAUGUGGGCGUGAGGCACAGCAGCAUGCGGUACUACGCAGCUGACAAAAACGUUACUUGUAGGAACUGCCACAGACCAGGACAUUUGUCCAAGAACUGUCCCACUCCAAAGAAAGUUCCUCCGUGCUGUCUGUGUGCAGGAAGAGACCAUCUGCAGCACAGCUGCCCAGCACGUUUCUGUCUGAACUGCUGCUUGCCCGGGCACUAUUUCAAGGAAUGCCUGGAGAGAGCCUAUUGGAACAAACACUGCAACCGCUGUGACAUGAAGGGCCACUAUGCUGAUGCUUGCCCAGAAAUAUGGAGGCAGUAUCACCUAACAACAAAGCCAGGACCCAUCAAAGCAGCCAGUUCCCACUCGGAGCGCUCUGUGUCCGUGUACUGCUACAACUGCUCCCGCAAAGGACACUUCGGAUACGAGUGCUCAGAGAAGCGGAUGCAGGGAAACAUGUUCCCCACUUCUCCCUUUGUCUACUACUACGAUGAUGAAUGUGAUAUCAAGAGGAGAGCCAACAGGUUAAAAAGAAAGGUGGCAGACCUGCAGGAAGCUGGUCUUCUGCCGGAACAGUCUGAAACACCGGUGCAGGAAGAACAGCUUGAGGUGCCCAGCCACAAGAAAAAGAGCAAACUUUGGAAAGAACCGAGGAAGCAAAGCCGGAACAGUGAGCAGCAAAAGAAGAUGAAAGUGUCCCGGGCAAAGAAACCCCAGGAGGAGAAGCACAGGAGGGGUGAACCAGAGGACUUCCCUCGGGGAUUCAAGCAGCAGGGGUGCAAGGGCAGCAGGGUCCGCCACAAGUUCCUUUUCCAGGCAUUCUCAGGCAGCAAGGCCGUGUGUGUGCAGCAGCCUCUAGAAGGUGCCAAAAGGAAGAAGAAAUUGAAAAAGCAGAAAAAUAUUAGUCCUGACAGCAAGGACAAUCUAUUCCUUAUAAAACAGCGGAAGAAGAAGUCCAAACAGAAAUCUUGGUGAUGGCAGGUAGCACUGGCUUUCCCUGGCUCUGGCUCUGCCUUCUCUUUAUUCCUGUCCCUCUCUUAGCACAUGAAUUUGAGUCCGUCCCUGACCCAGCAUGCUGGGCACCAUCACCCACCCUGGCCACCUCCACAGCCAGAGGGGACCACGCCAUCUCUGUGAGCUGUUCCCAUGGCAAGCAGGACCCAGUGCUCCUGCCUGGGGUGGUCUUGGAAUAUGCUGUAUGUUUAUUUUCUUUGCUUGGGGAUCUGGGGGCACACUGGGUUUGGCAGGGUUUGUUUCUUCACCAGUGAGAUGUGGCUGUGCUGUUGGAGCACAGCACCUCUGGGGCUAAUGCCAGGGAGAUUUGGGUCAGGGGAGGUCGGGGUGGAAAGCAGGAACGCGGGUAUAAAGCACAUUCCAUCACCAGCCGCCGGUCCUCUCCAGAGUGCAGGAGGGCAUUGGGCACUUCCCUCCCUCUAGAAGGGCAGCCAAGUCUCUGCUUUGUGCUCUGGGAUGCAGCAGUCACCCACCUCACUCUCCAGAGUGGUGCCAUCAAUCCACUGCCCUCAGGGCUCAGUUUUUGGGGCUCCAUCCCUGUCCUUACCAGCUGGUCAGCAGAGCAGGAGUGAGCCAGCAGGUGGGCCUGGAACAGAGUUUACAUCUCACACUAGAUCUGUCCUUGUUCCUUUUGGUGUGGAGGCUGUUUCUGGAGGAAAAAAAGAGUGGAGUAUGAAGAACAUACUUGGUUCCAGUCACACUGUGCUAAAAUUUAAUCUUUUUUUAAAGACAGUUAUUUUUGUACACUGGAAUUCAGCAUGUUGUUUUAAGGUUUGUAAGAAUAAAAUGCUUUAUCAAAGGACUAACACAAAUAAAACUUUACAUGAGAAACAGG